AUGUGGCGUCCCGUCGCGGCUCCGCUGCUCUGGGCGGCUCGGCACGGCUCGGCUCGGCUCUGCCCUCCCCCCGGCCGCCCCUCGGCCAGCCCCUCGCCACCAGAGCCGCCCCGCCGCCGCUGCCCGCCGGCGGGGUCCCCGGGGCCCCCCGCUUCCUGCCCGCCGCGGCCCCCGCCCCAGCCGCGCCGGGCACCGCGGCCCCCGCCGGCCCCGCCGCCGCCACAUCUGCUCCUCGUUAGGCCGGGCCGGGGCCGGGGCAGCCAGGGAGGCCGGGCAGGGGGCCAGGGCGCGGGCGGCCAGCGAGGCGGCCGCGGCUACCGCUGCGGCACCGGCCCGCCGCGGCCAUCGGUGCCCCACGGCCGCCGCUCCGCCGCUAGCACCGGCUCCGACACCGGCUUCGCACGGUGCCCCGCGUCUCGCCGACCGCCGGUGGCCUCGCUGCUCGCCCCGCACUGGGCACAGCGGCGACAGGUCCCUGCACCGGCGCCGCAUCCUGCGGUGCCACGUCCCCGCGUGCCCGUGAGCCCGCGCCAGGUGACACGUCCCGGUGCCCGCACCGAGCCCGGUGCUGCCCCGCGCUCCCGGCCCCACCCCGACACCGUGCUGGGGACACUGGCGACACUGGGGACACUGGGACGCCAGCGGUCACACCGCGGCCACCCCGGGCCGCCGUGGCCCUGA